GAACAGUGUGUUAACUGCCUGUUCAGGGGCAGAACGACAGAUUUGUACCUUGUCAGCUCGGGGGUUUGAACUCGCAACCUUCCGGUUACUAGUCCAAUGCUCUAACCACUAGGCAUAGUGUUUAAAAAUGAAGCUACCUAAAACCUUAAAAAAGUACAAAUCUUCAAUGUAAAGCCCAAAAAGUUGCCUGACGCCAUGUCAGAUCCUGACAUAUGACUUCAAAUACAUUUCACCUGACCAAAUGAUGUAGAUGCCCUGCAAAAUAAAUGGAGAAACAGAUUAAAAAGCACUGCAAAAAAUGCGUGUGGUGUGGAUCAGAAUGAGUAUCCUCACAAACGAUUGUUCUUGUGGUGAAUAAUUACUAUCUUCAGAUACUUUUUUUGUAUACUUUAUCUGCAGUUAAAUAGUAACAGUAAGCAAAUGAGAGUCAAAUGAACCGACCUUUCACAAAUGCCACUCGGUUCCCGUCGUUCAUCAAAAAAGGAUCCGUUCACAACAAAAAAAAGAACCGAUCGUUGCUGUUCGCGAACGAUUCAUCCCCACUAACCAUGGAGUCCGGAUUCACAACAUGAUAUAAAGAGCGAAACGGAAGGGAGCUUUACACUAUAACACAGUCCCCUUUUUAUUUUAUUUUUUUCUCCCAUAUAGUUUACAGUUGGCAAAGAUAAACAUGUGAGAGAGAAAAAGGAGGGUAAAGAAAUCCACUAGAAGAACGGACUAGAAAGGCAGGACUGAACGAUUCAGACAGUGCCAUACUGAUCCCCUUGGUAACGGGAACAGAACCGUUUUCUUUCUACCUCAUCCGUGAUGACCGAGGUGGGAGUGAAGUGGGCCUGCGACUACUGCACCUAUGAGAACUGGCCGUCCGCUGUGAAGUGCACCAUGUGUCGUGCACAGUGUCCCAGCAGCCCCAUAAUCACAAAGGAGACCUACAAUAGCAGCCCCAGCAGUCUUAGUACGGAGCCUAGUUGUGGCUGGCAGGACCCUCCAAGCCCCGAGGGAAGCUGUGGUAGCCUCCUCAUCUACCCAGACUCCAGUGCCAGGCCCCGUGUCAAGCCCCCCAGCAUGCCUGAGAACAGCUCCAAAUGGUCCUGUCAGAUGUGCACCUACUUGAACUGGCCCCGUGCCAUCCGCUGUACCCAGUGUCUGUGUCAGCGCCACCAGAGGACCCCAUGCAGCCCCACAGAGGCCCCCCAGACAUCAGGCUCCAAUGUGGGCCACCGCCCAGCCCCUCCCCUCAUGGACCCUUGUACAGAGGAGUACAACGACCGGAACAGACUCAACAGACUCAACACCCGAGGUGGUGGUGGCGGCAGUAGCAGUGGGCAGCACUGGACUUGCACUGCCUGUACUUACCAGAACUAUCCCAAGACCCGGAAGUGUAUUGUCUGCGACCACCCCCAGCCUCAACCUAACAACCGGGAGGCUAUUCCUAUAGAGCUGGCUGGGCAGUCCGAGGAGUCUCCCUCCUCCACAUCCUCAAUCAUCAAUGAACAGGACAGAGACGGGGCCAGGUGGCGAGGGAGUGGGGGGAGCUGCAGUAGAGGGCUGAGCGGGGGACAGAGACAGGGACUGGGACAGAGGAUGACUUCUCCACCCACCUCUAAGAAGGAGGCGGAGGUAAAGAUGGACUUCCAGAGGAUUGAGCUGGCGGCCGGGGCGAUGAGCAGCGGAGAGGAACAGCAUCGCCAUCCGGAGAACAUUGAUUUCAAGAAGACCAAACAGAUUAAGAACAGAAUGAGGAAAACUGACUGGCUGUUCCUUAAUGCUUGUGCAGGUG